GCCGCAACCAGUUCGAAAACCAUCGUCGCGGCACACGAACUGCUCCGCGCGACCUGUCCGCCGGUGAAUGAUAAUAAUAAUAUAAAAAAUAAUAAUAUCGACAUACACACACACAAGGAGACGACAAAAUAAUAUCGUUUUUUUUUUUCUUUUCGUGCGUUUUUCCGCGUUAUUGUGCAGUUUUAUUUUCGUUUUCCGUAUAUCACACCGAAGUUUUAAAUAUUAAAUUUAUUAUUUUUUUUUCACGUUUUUUUUUGUCGUCGUCGUUCUAUCCGUUUUUGCUUUCGUCGCGUCCGCAGUUCACACACUUUUCUGUCGGUUCGUUCGUUUUCGAAAACGAGAAAGAAAAUCGUUAUCAUUUUUCUUUCGACGUCUGCGAUACACGAAGGUCGUAUGUACACAGCCUACAUGCUAGACGCUUUGGAUUCCGUCGUUUCGUCCGUAGCAUGGAAUUGUCCUCGGUGAAUUGUUCGCCCCGAGAUCAAAUCGUUCCCGACUCUUGUAACGGCAAUAAUUGGGCGAACGAACAGUUGGACUUUAAUUGGCAAAUGCAGAUGGGCACCGGCAUGGAUCAUAAAUCUACUUGGUACUGCAACGCGGCGAACAAGACUCCCGACUUCGAUUCGAUGUUACAAGGUCUGAUGGUCGAAGACCAACAUGUCAUCAAGUCUAGAAACGAGCCGGUCUUGUGCGACUUCUUCGAGACAACCGGCAUGGGUGCGCGGACCGUGCAGGACUCGAUCCUGCAGAACGGCCAUCAUACUGAUGAAUCUCAAGAGCCUCCGUGGUUCGAGAUGAACGAGGUGGUAGACCCGCAAAUGUUCUCCACGCUCGACGACCAAUCGCUGCAAGUGACCCACGUCAAAGUCGAAGCACCGGAAGCCAACAGUCCCGAGUACCAGUCGGUGGCCAGCCCGGGGCUGUACACGCCGUCUUAUUUGCACGUGCACUAUCACCACCAUGAUCACCAUCACCAACAGCAUCACCACCACCACGGUUACUUCCCGCGCGUGGCACCCAUGACGCCUCCCAUUUCCGAGCCGGGUUCGCCCGGUAAACGGCGGACGCCACCGCCACCGUAUCCCACACCUCGCUGCAACGCCAUCCAAAGGUCCAUGAAGUUCAACAGACGGAACAACCCGGACUUGGAAAGGAGGCGGACUCAUCAUUGCAAUUUCGGCGGUUGCAACAAAGGAUACACUAAAAGCUCUCACCUAAAAGCCCACCAAAGAAUACACACAGGCGAAAAACCGUACCGGUGCACGUGGUCGGCGUGCGAGUGGAGUUUCGCGCGGUCGGACGAGCUGACCAGACACUACCGGAAGCACACGGGCGACAAACCGUUCCGGUGCGAGGUGUGCGAACGGUGUUUCGCCCGGUCCGAUCAUCUGGCGCUGCACAAGAAACGCCAUCAGCCCAAGAACGCGGCGGCGGCGGCGGUGGUGGUGCAGGCGCAGCAUCAGCAGCAGCUGAUGGACCAUCCGUCGUCCAAAGGCGGGGCCGCCGACCAACACCAGCAGAAGCAGCAGCAGCACCAGCAGCUGAUGAUGUUGAACGGCGGCGGCAUGGUGUCCGGGCCAAAGGCCGGCGGCGAGUACGUCGUCGACGGUCAGCAGCCGGUCUGCAGGCAAAUGGUGCCGGCCUUGUGAUCGGCGCGCGCUCGCACGUGAUAAUUACAAUUGAUCAUAAUAUUAAUAUUUACGUUAUCCGUGAUGAGAGGCCGCGCGGUAGUAUAGUCCGGACGAUCGGUAAAAAAAAAAAAAAACCGUCGACGAGGAGAAGAAGAAGGAGGGGGGGGUGGGGUGGAGGAAUUUUUGUGAGUUUUUUCCGUUUAUGUAUAUUUUUUUAAUUUUUUUGUCGUGGUAUUUCUGCACGGAAACAAGCGCCUGUUGCUGCUGUUGCACAGUUGACCCGUAGGAAUUCGGUCGUCGGUCGCCGCACAAUGACACCUUAACGAACGGCUAUUGUGCGCUCUAGAGAAAAUAAUAAUAAUAAUAAUAAUAAUAGUAAUAAUAUAUCAUACAACUAUCGCGCAUAUUAUUAUUAUGUAUACACACACUAUGCGCAUACGCGUGUGCGCCAUUCGAAAAUAGAAGGAAAAACAAAAAGAACGGAUAAGUGACGGACAAACGACCGCGACCUCGCCGCCAUUGCGGGUCAAACCGCGUAAGUAUCGCCGUCGACGUGUGUGUAAUAUUAUCAUCGGUUCUCCUAUAAAGCAAACAUUGGACAGCGGCAACAAAUAACAAUAAUAAUAAGUUUGUAGUAGCCCACACGCGCGCGCGCGGCGCAAACUCCUCGUACACUAUUAAUAAAUAAUAAUAAUAAUAAUAAUAAUAAUAAUAAUGAUAAUGAUAAUAAUGUAUAUUAUACAAUAAUGAAAUCUAUCGUUUCUCGCCUUUUUUUUUUCCUCUCGUCUGUUACUGUUAUUAUUUAUUUAUUAUUAUUAUUAUUAUUUUUUUAAUCGUCUGCGGUCGUGUGAUUAAUGAUCCGGUCGUGUCCCCGGGCUGCGUCGCGCGCACAAUACUAGGCUGAUUAACGGAAUGAUUGACCCGAUUCCCCGCAGAUCCCCCGAGGGGUCCCGCGCCUCCCCUCUCAUCGCCGACACUCGCCCCUUCAUUGUACUAUUUUUUUUUUCGCGAUUCUUAGCCCAAAUUUCUUGACGACACCUGUAUAUAGUGUAUAAUGUUAUUAUAUUAUGCGUGUCGUCCGCCCAUACCGAUAAAACUGACUGCAUCUCUCACCGAUAUAUUAUCGUUAAAAUAAUAUAAUCGGCGUGUAUAAUAUCAGGUACAGUGCCUACCCAAACGACACGUAUAUCGUGUGUAUAAUGUUCACAGUCGGUAUUUCUCGAACGAGAAAAAUUAACUUUUCGGGUUUUUUUUUUUUUUUGUUUAGCAUUUAACGCACGCGAAGUCAUAAUAAAAAAUUCAAUAUACCUUUGAACUUUGUCAUAAUAUUAAACUAAGCUAUUAUCGCGACCAAUAUGUUCCAAUUUUUUUCUAUUUUACCGGAAAACCGAUAAACAUCGUACGCCCGUGCGCCAGUGACCACCACCCGCCGGUUUAUCGUUUACCGGCAGUGUAUUUAAAAAAAAUAUAUACUAGUAAUGUUAAUUUUAGAUUUACAAUUUUAAUUAAAUUAUAGAAUAAUAUACUUGUAAUAAUUAGAAUUACAAAUUUAAGGAUAUAAAUGUAUAUAAUAUAUAGUCUAUAGUGAAACACAUUUCCUCGUAUGUAUAUGAACAACAAUUAUUAUUACUAUUUUGUAAGAAUAGUGGGAUAAAAAAUGUAUGAUAUUUUUGUUAUUUUGUUAAAGUUUUUGUAAACACAACUCGUCCUAAUUAAUUAGAGAUGCAUAUAAAAAUGUUAACGUUUAAUAUUAUUUAUUUCAAACUCUCUUUUAAAUAUAUAUAUAUUAUAUGUAUAUUUUUUUUUUUUGUCGUUUUAGUUUAAUGAUAUAAAUAUAUGAUUAACUAAAUAGUUCAUUUAUACCAUACAUCUCGGAAAUCACUUAAUAAUAUUAUAGUUAUGUUGCACACGACUUUAAUCAUUUUAUUCUUUUCAUCGCGUUUAAUAGAAGAUAAACCAAAGAUUGCUUCCAAACAUUGUUGUAUUUUUGGUUUCACCACUGUAAAACUAUGUUAUAGAUCCGCUUUAUCAUUUCAUUAUUGUUUUAUUCAGAAAAUAAUAUUUAAUACUAUAAUAAUCCUAACCAUUUUGUCAUAAGCUUUCGAGCAUAAAAUCAAAAUAAUUUUUGUUUAAAGCGAACAAAUCGCUUGAUCUCAUUAAAACCAAAACCAGUGAUAUAAUAAACGGAUUCAACCGAAUGUUUUGUACGUAUCAAUCAUAUAAUCAACUACCUUUAUAUUAUAUAUAUUUUUUUUUGUCGCGUUUUUAAUGUUGAUUUUUCACCACGCCCACAAUUUGCUUUUAAUCAUUUAAAUUUAUGUUAUACAAUUUAUAGUAGGUAUACUUUAAUAAUAUUUAACAUUUUGCCAGUGACAUAGUGGAUUACAAACAUUAACGGCAUUACGUUUAGAAAUUGUACAAAAUACGAAUUUAAGUUGUCUAAAUUAUUUUGUUAGAAUUAAUUUUUUAUGAUCAUUAUUUGUUUUUUUUUUAAUUUGUUAAGAUACUGUCCGAGGGUCUUAUCCACCCUCGAUAUACCUAUUUAGCAAAUAUUAUUAAAAUCUAUUUUGUUCUUA